AACAAUAAAGUAAAGUCUUCUUUUCAAUUUCAAACAAACUCCCACCAUUUUAUUUUUCUUUUUCUUUCUAUUUUGUUUUUCUUAGUAUGUUUUUUUUAUUUAAAUAUAUACUAUGUGUUUCGUAUCACUAAUUAUAGUAAGUUUUUAGUAUGUUUUAAAUUAAUGUUUUUUAAUUAUUGUUUUAGUAUAUUUUAAAUUAAUGUUUUUCACUUGACUAAUUAUAGUUUUAUUAGGUUUCAAGGAUAUAUUUUUAUUUUGAAAUUUCUUUUUUUGUAUUUUAUUUUGGAUGUAGCAAUAUUUGGUAUAAAUUUAAAGUCUUUUUUAUUUUUAUUUCAAAUUCAAGAAUAUUUAUGAAAAUUUUUAAUAGUUUAGAAGUAUUUUUUAAAUAAACCUUUAUUGAUUUAAUAAAAAACUCAACCAUAAGAGUAAAAUAAUUUUUUUUUAAAAAAAAAACUAACCAUAAAGUAUUUUUAAAUAAUUUUUAAAAAUUUAAAGAAAAAUUAUAAAAUUUGAUAAAAUGGACAAAUUAUUUAUCAAAAUGAAGCGUUAUUAAUUUUUAUCCAUCGGUGAUUUUUUGCUCGUAAAUAAUUUAUAUUAUUUUGAUUAUUUUUGAAAAAACCUCAAAUUUAAAAAUAUUUUUGAUAGAGUUAAUAGAUAUUUUUUUAAUAAUUUAGGGCAAUAUAAUUUAGAAGAGUUAAAAGGCGAGUGGAACCCAAGCCGAGCCGAGCUAAUUUUUUUCAAAAAUGUAACGGCUGAGAUUAAGCCGACCAUGAGAGCGGGGGAAAAGAUAGUACCGAGAGAGACCCGCGUAGACAUCGUUACCAUUUUGCGAACCCAAAAGAUUUCACUCCAUUUUUCUUUGCUUUCACUUCUUCUCUUCUCUUCUCUUCUCUUCUUCCAUUUUCACUAAUUUUCCUCUUCCAAUUCUCAGCUCAGAUCUCUUCACCAAACUCAUCAGUCACUCAUCCAUUUUCACUCUCCUCUGUUUGCUCGCUCAAGUUAAUUCAAUCGUGUAGUCGCUUCAACUGGGUCGAAGUCCAUCGUUAAUUCAGCGGUUAGACUCAUGACCAUGGAGCUUUUCGAAAUUCAACCAGCUGAACUUAAGUUCACUUUUGAGUUGAAGAAGCAAAGUUCAUGCUUGAUACAUCUUAUCAAUAAGUCUGAGCAACAUAUUGCUUUCAAGGUAAAAACUACAUCUCCCAAGAAGUACUGUGUGCGACCCAAUACUGGCAUUAUUAAGCCCAAGGAUACGUGUGACUUCACAGUCACCAUGCUAGCUCAGCGUACGGCUCCACCUGAUAUGCAAUGCAAAGACAAGUUCCUGGUUCAAGGCACAGUCAUCUCCCCUGGAACAUCUGAAGAGGACAUCACGUCUGAUGUGUUCGCAAAAGAUAGUGGCAAGCAUAUUGAAGAGAAGAAGCUGAAGGUUUUUCUAGUGAGUGCAACACCAACUCCCGUUUUGUCACCAAUAAACGGUGAAUUGAAACUAGAUUCAAACCAUGAAACUUCCAUGCCAAGAGAUAGAAUGCAAACAGGAGUUGAGAACAUACCUCCACCUAGUAAGGUUGCAGAAGACUCUAAUGGACUUGAUACCUGGAAACACAUAGAUGAACUUAGACCAGUUGAUACACCAGUAUCGUUAUCUCCACCUUAUAAGGUGGCUGAGGGAGUUGAGAAAAUUGAUACUUGUAAAGAUGUAGAUGAGAAUGGAGCAGCUGAAAAUGUUCAAAUAAGACAAAAUGAAGUGGCUGAAUCAGUUGAGAAUAUUGAAACCAUGCCAUCUGAGGGAAUUGAGGAAUCAAAACUAGCGAAGGAUCUACCAGAGUUAAACUUAACGAAAGACUUUCAAGAGCUGAAAUCAAAGCUAACUCUCAUGGAUGCCGAACUACUAGAGGCUGAAGCUACCAUAAUGAGGCUGAAAAAAGAAAGGAUGGUAACAACUCAAGAAAGGGAAAUGCUCAAGCGUGAUUUGGAGACAUUGAGAAAAAGUGGGCAACGAAGUAUCCAAGUAGGCUUCCCUUUAAUGUAUGUUUUGAUGGUUGCAUGUAUUAGUCUUCUUGUUGGAUAUUUCAUCCAUCCCUAUUAGAAUCAAAACAAAUCAAUAGGAGCUCCAUCAGGUAUGGUUGGAAAUAUAUUCAUUUUAAGAUUCUGGACUGGGCUGCUGUCUUUGAUCAGAGAUAAAAUCAUAGAGAGGAGAAUCCAAUAGUCUUUCUGUGUAGUCUAAUUGUUUUUGUUGUAUAUUUGACUUGAUGUGCGCUUUUUUAUGAUUGUAUGUGUAAAGCUUUCUUAUAUAUAUAUACAUAUAAAAUUCUUGUCGCUA